AUGCAGCUGCUGAUCCCCGGGGGCAAGCCCCAAAAGUCACCAAAACGACCCCGACGGCUUCUCCUCUUCCCGGCGUCUACCGGCAGCUCGCUUUCCUCGGGGAGCGACCGCAACGCUGAAGCUCUCCUCAUCCUUCACCGAAGGCUCCGAGGGUGCUGGUGGCUGGUCCUGCCCCCGCUUCUCCUCGCGCCGGGAAGCUCCCAGGCCCCUCAGCGCCGUUCCCUGCGCGGCACCGCCGGCCUUCAUCCAGCCCCCAACGAGCCGAAAUCGCACAGGGAAGGAGAAAGGUUCCUCUUCUACCCGCACCGGUCGCAGGGACCAGUCCCGAAGAGUCCGGGGCGGGUUUUGGGGUGGGGGUGGGUAGAAAAGGGAAUUUUUGCCUUUUUUUUUUUGCCCCAUCGCCCCCUUGUCCUUGCAGAGAGCUUCCAGCCCGGCGGGCAGCUCCCCGACGAGCUCCAGCUGCGCCUCAUCCACCUCUUUGGGGCCAUCCUCUCCGGGUCCAAGCCCAACGCCCUGCGAGCCAUCACGCCGGCGGCGCUGGAGGUGCUGCUGGGGGUCCUGCGGCGAGCGGGCACAGGGCCGGCACCGUGCCCGGGGCUGCUGGGGCUGACGCUGCGCGGCGUGGUGGCGGCGGUGCACGCGCUGCACGCCAGCAGCCCCGGCCCCGUGCCCCUGCGCGCGCUGCUCGACGGCUACUUCAAGGUGCUCAACGCCAACCCGCCGGCGGCGAGCGGCGGCCUCAUCGCCCUGCGGGUGCAGAUGUUGGACGCCAUCCCGGCCAUGCUGAGCUGCGACGACCGGCCGGUGCUGCAAGCCGUCUUCCUCAGCAAUAAUUGCUUCGAGCACAUCAUCCGCCUCCUCCAGAACAGCAAGCUCUACCUCAACAGCACGCAGGAGGCGGGUGAAGCCCAGGACAAGCUCCCCGCGCAGCCGCCAGCGGGCGGUGGGCUCCAGCAGGUCUUGGACGUUGGCUCCGAUGCCAUCGCGGUCCACGCCGUCGGGGUGCUCACGGCCAUCAUGAGCAACUCGCCCUCAGCCAAGGAGGUGUUUAAGGAACGCAUCGGCUAUGCCCACCUCUACGAGGUGCUGAGGAGCCAGGGCCAGCCCACCCAGCGCCUGCUCCAGGAGCUCCUCAACAUGGCAGUGGAGGGUGACCACAGCUCCUUCCCGGCGCUCCCCAUCCGCAACGAGCAGCCUCUGCUCCUGCUGCUGGCCUGGCUGCCGGCGCUGGCCUGCCGCGAGCUGCAGCUCUUCCUGGCCGAGCGGCUGCGGCGCCUGUGCGAGGCCUCGCUGCCCAGCCGCCUCACCUGCGUCAAGGCGGGCAUGGUGGGCAGCCUGUUGGCCGCCCUGGCCGCCGAGCCGGCUCUGCCUCCCGCCUGCUCCGAAAACCUGCUGGAGCUGCUGAGGGCGUUGGGCGGCCUCUCCAUUCGGCCCGGUGAGCUUCGGCAGCUGCUGCGGCUGCUGCGGCGCGAGCGGGGCCGGGGCCCGCACCCCUACACGGCGUCCGUGCUGCGGGCGCUCUCGGGGAUGGCGCGGGCCGAGGGCCCCCCGCGGGCCUUGCAGUACUUCGACCUGACCCCCGGCAUGGCCGGGAUCAUGGUGCCCGCCGUCCAAAAAUGGCCCGGCGGUGCCUUCGCCUUCCACGCCUGGCUUUGCCUCAGCGAGGAGGAGCACGGCCCGCCGGCGAGGCCGAAGAGGAGGCAGCUCUACAGCUUCUUCACGGCCAGCGGGACGGGCUUCGAGGCCUUCUUCACCACCGACGGCAUGCUGGUGGUGGCCGUCUGCACCAAGAAGGACUACAUGACGGUGGCGCUGCCGGAGGUGGCCUUCAACGACUCGGCCUGGCACUGCAUCGACAUCGUCCACGUCGCCGGCCGCCGGCCCUUCGGCCAGAACGUGGUCAGCAUCUACGCGGACGGGCACCUUCGGAAGACGGCGCAGCUCCGCUUCCCGUCCCUGCACGAGUCCUUCACCUCCUGCUGCAUCGGCUCCGCGGGGCACCGCACCACCACCACGGCCAUCGGCAGCAGCCACCCGCCGCCGUCCCACGGGCCGGAGCUGGCCUUCCCCCCUCACCCCACGCUCUGCCGCUCGCAGUCCUUCCCCGCCGCCCUGGGCCCCCACGCCUGGACCCCCCUGCAGCCCCCCACCGAGGGGGUGGUGGCCACCACGGCAGCCGGCAGCCAGGACACCGAGUGGGGCACCCCCACGUCCCUCGAGGGCCACCUGGGCUCCGUGGCCAUCUUCUGCGAGGCGCUGCAGCAAACCCAGGUCAAGGCGCUCUUCUGCUCGGGUCCAAACGUGGCGUCUCCGUUUACGCUGGAAGGCGACCUGGUGGAGCUCAGCAGCAAGCUCCUGCUCUACUACACCCCGCAGGCCUGCAGGAACAACAUCUGCCUGGACCUCUCUCCCAGUCAUGGCUUGGAUGGGAGGCUGACGGGGCACAAGGUGGUCAACUGGGACGUCAAGGACGUGGUCAACUGCGUGGGCGGGAUGGGCGUCCUGCUGCCCCUGCUCGAGCAAGUGGUGACCAAGAAGGAGGAGGCCGAGGACGAGCAGGAGACCAACGACCUGGUGGGGCCAGAGCUGACGUCCUCCAGGAACGCCCAGGGCAUGCUGAUCCCGCUGGGCAGGUCCUCAGAGAGCAGGCUGGAGAGGAACAACGUGGCCGCCUUCCUGCUGCUGGUGAAGAACUUCAUCCAGCACCACCCGGUGAACCAGGAGAGCCUGGUGCAGUGCCACGGGCCGGCCAUCAUCGGGGCGCUGCUGCAGAAGGUCGCCGGCCCGCUGCUGGACAUGAGCACGCUGAUGGCCUCGCAGAUCCUGAUGGAGCAGGUGGCCUCCGAGGGCAGCGGGCUGCUGCUGCACCUCCUCUACCAGCACCUGCUCUUCGAUUUCCGCAUCUGGAGCAACAGCGACUUCGCCGUGCGCCUAGGUCACAUCCAGUACCUGGCCAACGUCGUCAAGGACCACAAGCAGCGCAUCCGCAAGAAGUACGGGGUGCAGUACGUCCUCGACUCCAUCCGGACCUACUACGGCGCCUCCAGGGAGAAGUCCACGACGACGGACGACAUCAAGACGGUGCAGACGUCCCUCUUCAGCCUGGUGAAGGACUUCUUCUGCAGGAGCUUCUCCGGGGAGGAGAUGCAGAGCUUGCUGAACUACGUGGCCGCGGCGCAGGACGAGCAGCAGGUCUGCGGGGCGCUGGAGGUGAUCCACAGCCUGCUGAAGGGCUCGCCCGCCCAGGAGCAGCUCUUUGCCUUCCUCUUCGAGCCGGGCCACGUGGAGGUCCUCUUCUCGCUGCUGGUGCAGAAGAAGUUCUCGGAUGAAGUGCGGGAAAGGGUCUUCAAGGUCCUCUACAAGAUGCUGAAGUACGAGAAGGUCCCCGAGCGCUGCAAGAACCGCCUGAAGCUGAAGGACAUCGGGUACCAGGGGCUCAUCUCCUGCCUCAGCGACGUCCCCGGCUCCAUGCUGCUCUUCCGCUGCCUCUCGGAGCAGGUCCUCGGGGCAGACCCUCCCAACUACAAGGACCUGGUGGCCGUGGUUUACCUGUCCCACCGGGCCGAGCUGACCGUCCGGCUCGAUAUCUGCCGCAAGCUCUUCCACUUGAUCUACGCGCAGCAGGACAUGGUGAAGCAGCUGGCGAGGCUGGCGGGCUGGCAGGACACGCUCACCAAGCUCUACGUCAAGGAGUCCUACGAGUCCCGCCAGCACAGCCUGAGCCACUCGAGCAGCGGGGGCUGCCUCGAGCUCCUGCGCCUCUCGGAGACCCCCGGCAGGGACGGCAGCGCCGAGGUGGGGAAGGAGGCGAUGGGCAGCGUGAGCCCACCGCCCGCCGAGCUGCAGGAGCUGGACGUCUUCCUGCCGCUGGGCUACGAGGCCUCGGACCAGGAGCUCUCCGAGGGCUUCUCCGACCACUCCAUCUCGCCGAGCGGCCGCACCAAGUCCUUCCACUCCUACAACUUCAAGUCCUUCGACUCCUCCGACCGCGCCAGCCGCUCUUCCUCCAACCCCGGCGACGUCCCCUUUGACGGCGUCUACCACCCGCUCUCGCCAUUCUCCACCUCGCCCUUCGACCUGGGGCUCGACCUGGCCAGCACCAGCUCCAUCGCCACGGCCGAGAGCGGUGCGCAGACGCCCGCCAGCGGCCCCGACACCCCGUCGCCCCUGGAGAGCUUCAAACCCUUCCCGGGGAUGCGCACCCGCAAGAGCUCCAGCCUCUCCAAUGUCCUGGAUGAGAGCAGCUACCAGGACGCCCUGCCCAGCGACAACGUCUCCAACACCAGCAACCCCCAGCAAACGCCCGAGGAGGAGCUGUGCAACCUCCUGACCAACAUCGUCUUCUCGGUGACGUGGCGCGGGGUGGAGGGCUGGGACGACGCGGCGUGGAGGGAGCGCGGGCAGGUUUUCUCUGUCCUCACCAAGCUGGGCACGGCCUGCGAGCUGGUGCGGCCCCCCGACGAGAUCAAGCGCAGCCUGCUGGAGAUGAUGCUGGAGUCGGCGCUGACGGACCUGAAGGAGUCGGGGCCGGCCGCCCUGCCCGGCCUCACCCAAAAUGCUCUCAAGCUGCUGCGGCUGCUCCAGGACUUCUUGUUCUCCGAGGGCCACAACAACCAGGCCCUGUGGAGCGAGAAGAUCUACGAGGGGGUGAGCGGCCUCCUGGACAAGCUGGGCGUCUGGUACCACCUGGCCAACGGCACCUCCGACCUCAAGGAGAUGGCCCAGACGGGGCUGCGCGUCCUGGUGGGCUACAUCAUGCUGCAGGACCCCCAGCUGCACUCGCUGGCCUACGUGAAGCUGCACAGCCUGCUGCAGACCGCCUCGGCCCCCAAAAAGGACGAGGCUUGCUACCUGCUGGGCAAGCUGGAGACCCCGCUGCGGCGCUCGCUGGACGCCAAAUCGGAGACCUUCUCGUGGCUGGUGCCCAUCGUGCGCACGCUCAUGGACCAGUGCUACGAGACCCUGCAGCUGCAGCUCUUCCUGCCCUCGCUGCCCCCCACCAACGGCAGCCCCACCUUCUACGAGGACUUCCAGCUCUUCUGCACCACCCCCGAGUGGAGGAGCUUCAUCGAGAAGCACGUUCAGCCCACCAUGGCGCAGUUCGAGAUGGACACGUUCGCCAAGAGCCACGACCACAUGUCCAACUUCUGGAACGCCUGCUACGACGCCCUGAUGAGCAGCUCCCUGCGGCGCGAGCGGGACAAGGCGGACAGCAGGAAGAUGUUCCAGGAUCUGGUGCUGGAGCCGGCGGCGAAACGCGCCAAGGCCGAAAACGCCCGGCACGCCAACGUGCUGAAGCAAGCCAACAACCACCAGAGCACCGUGCUGAAGCAGUGGCACUCCCUGUGCCGCCUCCUCACCUCGCCCCGCUCCGCCUGGGCUGACCGGAACCCGCCCGAGGUUCGCUGGAAGCUCUCCAGCGCCGAGACCUACUCGAGGAUGCGGCUGAAGCUGGUGCCCAACCUGAAUUUCGACCAGCACUUGGAGGCCAGCGCCCUGAGGGACAACUUGGGAGCCGACAACCUCCACAACCCUGCCGAGUCCCUCCCCCUCGCCAUGGCCAAGGAGGCCAAGGUGAGCGAGCUGGAGGACGACCAGCUGGCCGAGGAGGACCUCCCCGUCCUGGACACCCAGGCCGAGCCCAAGGAGCAGAACCAGCGGGAGAAGCUGGUGGUCUCGGAGGACUGCGAGCUCAUCACCACGGUGGCUGUCGUCCCCGGCCGCCUGGAGGUGACGACACAGCACGUCUACUUCUACGACGGCAGCAGCGAGAAGGAGGAGACGGAGGGAGGGAUCGGCCACGACUUCAAGCGCCCCUUGUCCCACCUGCGCGAGGUCCACCUGCGCCGCUACAACCUGCGCCGCUCCGCCCUCGAGCUCUUCUUCAUCGACCAGGCCAACUACUUCCUCAACUUCAAGAAGAAGGUGAGGAACAAGGUCUACUCCUGCAUCCUGGGCCUGCGCCCCCCCAGCCAGAUCUACUUCGGCAGCCGCUCGCCCCAGGAGCUGCUGAAAGCCUCGGGGCUCACCCAGAAAUGGGUUCUGCGGGAGAUCUCCAACUUUGAGUACCUCAUGCAGCUGAACACGAUCGCGGGGCGCACCUACAACGACCUCUCGCAGUACCCCGUGUUCCCCUGGAUCCUGCGGGACUACGUCUCGGAGACCCUCGACCUCACCGACCCGGCCGUGUUUCGGGAUCUCUCCAAGCCCAUCGGGGUGGCCAACGAGAGGCACGCGCGGGACGUGAAGGAGAAGUACGAGAGCUUCGAGGACCCCACGGGCACCGUGGACAAGUUUCACUACGGCACGCACUACUCCAACGCGGCGGGCGUCAUGCACUACCUGAUCCGCACCGAGCCCUUCACCACGCUGCACAUCCAGCUGCAGAGCGGACGGUUCGACUGCUCGGACCGGCAGUUCCACUCGGUGCCGGCGGCGUGGCAGGCCCGCAUGGAAAACCCCGUGGACGUCAAGGAGCUCAUCCCCGAGUUCUUCUACUUCCCUGAGUUCCUGGAGAACCAGAACGGUUUCGACCUGGGCUGCCUGCAGAUGUCCAACGAGAAGGUGAACGACGUGGUGCUGCCGCGCUGGGCGCGCUCCCGCGAGGACUUCAUCUACCAGCACCGCAAAGCCCUGGAGUCGGAGUACGUCUCGGCCCACCUCCACGAGUGGAUCGACCUCAUUUUCGGGUACAAGCAGCGAGGCCCGGCCGCCGUGGAGGCCCUCAACGUCUUCUACUACUGCACCUACGAGGGCGCCGUGGACCUGGACGCCAUCGCCGACGAGACGCAGAGGAAGGCUUUGGAGGGCAUCAUCAGCAACUUCGGGCAGACGCCCUGCCAGCUGCUCAAGGAGCCCCAUCCCGCCCGGCUGUCGGCCGAGAGCGCAGCCCGGAGGCUGGCCCGCCUGGACACCCGCCCGCCCAACGUCUUCGAGAACCUGGACCAGCUCAAGUCCUUCUUCGUGGAGGGCAUCAGCGACGGCGUGGCGCUGGUGCAAGCCGUGGUCCCCAAGAACCAGGCGCACUCCUUCAUCACUCAGGGAUCCCCCGACGUCCUGGUCACCGUGAGUGCCAACGGCCUGCUGGGGACCCACAACUGGCUGCCCUACGACAAGAACAUCUCCAACUACUUCAGCUUCACCAAAGACCCCACCGUCUCCAACGCGAAGACCCAGCGCUUCCUGCAGGGCCCCUUCGCCCCCGGCGCGGACCUGUGCUCCCGCACGCUGGCCGUGUCCCCCGACGGGAAGCUGCUCUUCAGCGGGGGACACUGGGACAACAGCCUGCGCGUCACCUCGCUGGGCAAAGGGAAGGUCGUCGGGCACAUCACCCGGCACAUAGACGUUGUCACCUGCCUGGCGCUCGACCUGUGUGGCAUCUACCUCAUUUCUGGCUCCCGGGACACCACCUGCAUGGUGUGGCAGGUCCUGCAGCAGGGCGGGUUUUCCAGCGGCUUGGCCCCCAAGCCCAUCCAGGUCCUGUACGGCCACGACGACGAGGUGACGUGCGUGGCCAUCAGCACCGAGCUGGACAUGGCCGUCUCGGGCUCCAAGGACGGCACCAUCAUCAUCCACACCAUCCGCCGGGGCCUCUUCAUGAAGUCCCUGCGGCCGCCCGCCGAGAGCUCGCUGCCCGCCGCCGUCACCCACCUGGCCGUGGGGCCAGAGGGCCAGAUCGUCACCCAGACCGCCGUGGGCGAGCGCGCCUCCCUCAAGGACAAAUUCGCUCUGCACCUCUACUCGGUGAACGGGAAGCACCUCGCCUCCGUCCCGCUGGACCAGGAGGUGACGGCCAUGAGCGUGACGGAGGAGUUCGUGGUGCUGGGGACCAUGCAGUGCGGGCUGGAGAUCCGGGACCUCCAGAGCCUCCGGGCGGCGAUGCCCCCCGUGCCCAUGCGGGUGCCCGUGCACAGCGUGUCGGUGACCAAGGAGAAGAGCCACAUCCUGGUGGGGCUGGAGGACGGCAAGCUGAUCGUGGUGGGGGCCGGGCAGCCCGCCGAGGUGCGUCCGGGCCAGUUCCACCGGCGGCUGUGGCGCUCCACCCGCCGCAUCUCGCAGGUCUCGGCCGGCGAGACGGAGUACAACCCCAACGAGGGCAGGUCCUAGGCUGCCGCCCCGCACCCGGCCCCAACGGGCUUCCCGCAGCUCCCGGCCCCUCCUGGAGGGCACGGUGACAAAAGGGGGGGGACCACGCUCCCCCCCCACGGCAGCGCCCCCAGCCCCUCGCGAGCCGGGGGGCGAGGACAGGAGGGGCGAGCCCCGAGCUCCCCGCAGCCGGGGCUGCGUGCUCGGCCCCUCGCCGUGGCCUUAUCCAGCCCCCCCCCCCCCGGGCUGGGGGGACAGCAGUGGGAUGAGGGGGGCGAGGAGGCGCCCGGGGGGACCCCUCGCUGGGAAGGGGGGUGCUGUGUCCCCCCCUGACCCCCCCACGCCCGCUGGCCGGGAGCCGGCUGCCCCCUUCCCCGAUCGGUUUUUCUAUCGAUUUCUAGCUCUUUUACAAAAAAAAAAAAAAAAAAAAAAAAAAGAAAAGAAA